AAUUGCUCAUUCCGACCAGAAAUAUUCGCAACCUUUUCUCGCGUCCCCCUACGCGACGAUCCUCCACGUCAGCUCGUCGCCUGCAACAUCUUCCAAUCGUCGCCAGCGUCGUCAUCAGCGCAUGAACGCUGCGGAUAUAGUUCUCACAUCACGAGUCACUGGUCAGCAACUGAGCCACAAUGAACGGUGCCGGCAGCCCUUACAGCCAGCCUCCGGCGUGGCAGGAGCAUCGCACGCCCGAUGGCCGAGCCUACUACUACAAUGCAGCUACCAAGGUCACGCAAUGGACCAAGCCAGAAGAAAUGAUGACCCCGGCUGAGAGAGCCCUCGCCAACCAGCCAUGGAAAGAGUACACUGCCGAAGGCGGUCGCAAGUACUGGUACAAUACCGAGACAAAAACGAGCUCCUGGGAGAUGCCCGAUGCCUACAAGAAGGCUUUGGGCGCCACUAGCGGCCCAAGCACGCCUGCGCCUGCGCCGUACGACCGAGGUGCACCUUCUGACAGGUACUCCAAUGACCGUUACGAUUCUCAUCGCGACCAUCGCGAUACUUUUCACGAGUCGCGCCAGUUGACGUUUGGUAACGACACGACAGCCAAAGCGUUCGUCCCUGCGAGCAACGAGCCUGAGUUUGCCACACAGGAAGAGGCUGAGGCCGCGUUCAACAAGCUGCUCAAGCGCAGCGGCGUACAAGCUGACUGGAACUGGGAGCAGGCGCUGCGAACCAUUGCAAAGGACCCCCAGUACAGGGCAAUCAAAGACCCGAAGGACCGAAAAGAAGCUUUCGAGAAGUACUGCCAUGACAUGAUCGUCCAAGACAAGGAGCGCGCAAAGGAGAGACUGACAAAGCUGCGUACUGACUUCGAGACCAUGCUCAAGCGCCACCCUGAGAUCAAGCAUUACACGAGGUGGAAGACGGCACGGCCUAUGAUCGAAGGUGAGACCAUCUUCAGGUCUACGGACAACGAAACCGAGCGCCGCCAGCUCUUCGAGGAGUACAUCAUUGAGCUCAAGAAGGCCCACAUGGAGAACCAGGCAGCUAUGCGCAAAACCGCUAUGGACGGUCUGAUUGAUCUCCUUCCGAAGCUGAAUUUGGAGCCUUAUACGCGCUGGUCCGACGCGCAGAGCCUCAUUUCAUCCACGGCGCCCUUUCAGAAUGAUGAGAAGUACAAGACCCUGAGCAAGUUUGACAUAUUGAUCGCGUUCCAAAACCACAUGAAGGCCUUGGAGCGCGCUUUCAACGACUCUAAACAGGAACAGAAGAACAGAAAGUUCCGCAAGGAGCGCAAGGCUCGUGACGGGUUCAUCGCCCUCCUUACUGAGCUCCGGAAAGAGGGCAAGAUCAAUGCCAGCACAAAGUGGCGUCAGAUUUACCCCCUCAUCGAAAAUGACGACCGGUACAAGGCCAUACUCGGCCAGGGCGGUUCGGGUCCGCAAGAGCUCUUCUGGGAUCUCGUCGAAGAAGAGGAGAAAGCGAUGCGCGGCGCCAGAAACGAUGUCUACGAUGUCAUUGACGACGAGCGAUUUGAUAUCACACCCCAGACUACGUUUGAGGAGUUCUAUGGCGUUAUGAAGAAAAGUCGACGUACUGCUAACAUUGAUCGCGACAUUCUUCUGGUUCUCUUCGAACGAGUACGUGCCCAAAAUCCCAUCACAAAUCCAACGUCGCUAACGUACGCGUUACAGGCCAAGGAAAAGAGGUCCCUAAAGAGAUCGGACGAUGAGAGACAGUCUGAGCGUCAACAGCGAAGGGCAGCUGACGACCUCCGGGCGUACUUGAAGCGUAUGGAUCCCCCCAUUACCCUGGAUGACACGUACGAGAAGGUCAAGGUUCGCCUGGCGGAGACGCCCGCUUUCCAGGCUGUCACUUCGGAAGAUGUUCGCAUCGCCACCUUUGAUAGAUACAUGAGAAGACUCCGCGAAAAGGAGGAAGAGGCCGACCGUGACCGUCGACGCAGACGUGGCCGCGACUCUAGCGAACGCGACUUGUACCGCGAAAGACCCAGGUCUAGAGGUGAGCGAUCUCAUCGUAGCAGUGGCCGUGCUACCAGGCGAAGUCGUAGCCCGGAGCCGGACGCGUAUGAGGCGGACAGACGCAAAGCCAUUGCCGAGCGCGAGCGUAACCACCGUAAAUCAACCAUGGCUGAGAGCCUUCUCUCCGUGGACCGGGAACGCCGGCUGUCACCUCCCCCUCGCCGUGAGAGGGAGCGUGAGCGCGACAGAGACCGCGAGCGUGACCGUGACUAUGAUCGCCACCGCUCUCGUCGCGACGACGACAGUCAUUAUGACCGCGAACGACGGGACAGGGAGGAGGAGCGGGAGAGGCUCUAUCGACGACGCAUGGGUUCCUAUGACGAGCUUCCCUACGGCGAUGAGCGCCCGUCUGGAUCGCGACGCCGCCGCGACGAGGACGAAGAUGAUCGACGGGAUUCCAGAGACUCAAAGAGAGUGAGGAGAGAAAAAACACCCCGUGAGCGCACCCCCCAACGUGAUAUAUCGCGUCACAAGAACAGGACUCCGCCGCUAGCCACCGCGCCCUCUGCUGUUGCCCCCAAGGACAAGGAAACGACGACGGUCAAGGACGCCCCGAAGGAGAAGGAAAAGGAGAGGGAGAAGGAGAAGGAUGACCCCGCUGGUGUCCACUCGGGGUCCGAAGAAGGCGAGAUCGAGGAGGACUGAUCGUGUUCAUCGGCGAUGCCUCGGGAACAACUGCACUUGCGGACCACGAAGAGUGACUUUCGAGUACGUAUCGGAAUCACCAAGCCGUUACUUGAGAGCCUGAUGACCGCAGCGCGUUACAGACUACAUGGUAUCGCUCCCCCGCUUCGCGGCCUUUCUUCCUCGGUGCCCGCAUAUGCCCUUAUGAGGCGAGGCCUUUAGUAGUCCGCUAUGCCGGCUGUCUUGGGGAUCCAAUCCUAGGGCCGGCCAGAUUUCGUAUGUAUCGUUUUUCACUCUCGCUAUGUUCUAAUGGUUAGUUAGUUACGUAUACAGUAGCAAAACGAAGAAAACAAAAGUUACUUUGCUUC